UCUAAGCGCUGCUGUGUCGCACUUCCCACGAGUCACCCUCACGUUUUGUGGGUAGGGAAGGGUGUUUAGGAAGAGGUAACCACGUCUAUCGUCCCGUCGAGUAGCGUCUGUACAGGUGUAUUCCUGCCAUUCGCUUCAUUCGAUUUACGGUGCUGACUUGAAGCAGAAGGCCUCGCUGGAAUUGUGACCAUAAGAAAACCUUUAAGUUUGACGAAUCCCUUGCUCCGACCGGAUAUCAACACAGGAAUUAGAAGGAAAGUGAAUGUUUCUUGCCUAAUCGUCCACACACCGAAGGAUGAACAAAAAUGGAUCUGUCACAACUCCAGCUACGCCUGUCAGCAAAAGCACCAGCAUCAAUGGCAACGGGGUCGCUUCAGCAAAUAUCAACCUGUUUCAGGAGAUCGUGAUACGCCUGAUGCUCUUCGGCUUAUACUUCUACUUCGAGUUGAAGGAAGCCUUCGUUCGAGUGAUCCAUCCGGAGGAAAUGUGGCUCUACAAGAACCCCAUCAGCCCCAGCUACGUCCCCCUGGCACUGCUGUACCCGGCCGUCUUCGGUCUGGUGGGGCUGGUCAUCAUUGGAUACUUCAUCCGCAGCCGGGACUUUCAGGACUUCAAGUGCGCUUGGCUGGGCUUCUCGCUGGCCUGCACCCUGAACGGAGCCAUCACCGACGUGAUCAAGGUCAGCGUCGGACGACCGCGGCCGGACUUCUUCUAUCGCUGCUUUCCGGAUGGGCAGAUGAAUGAAGACAUGGCGUGCACCGGGGACGCCUGGACGGUUAAGGACGGACGUAAGAGCUUCCCCAGCGGGCAUUCUUCGUUUGCUUUUGCGGCCCUGGGCUACCUGGCGUGGUACCUAUUCGCCAAGCUACAUGUCUUUACCGAGCGAGGUAGAGGGCAGACGUGGCGUUUGCUAGCUUCCGGUGGACCGUUGUUUGCAGCAUUGAUGGUCGCCAUAAGUCGGACCUGUGACUACCACCAUCACUGGCAGGACGUGACGGUGGGAUCGCUGAUUGGAUUAACCGUGGGUUACCUAAGUUAUCGACAGUAUUAUCCGCCGCUCGAUUCGCGACAUUGUUAUCUACCGUACAGUUCGGAAGUGAUAUCCCCUAACUCGAAUAGAAAAUCCGUCUCUAAAAGGGACCAAGUGCCAGAUGAGUCUGAAUCGGACACUAAAAUGUUACUGGGAGGUGAAGAAAAGGAGAGCAAGUGGACAUAGCUCUAGACUUUUCUCAACAUUAGUGGCAUUUUAGUAGAAUACGGAUCACAUAGGUACCUUCCUAUAGAAACUUCGAUUGUGAUAUAAAGCUUAUGUGUUAUUUAGAAUCUGAUCAUACAAAACAAACAUAACAG